AUGCCCAAGACUUUCUUAAAACAAAAAAAUCGCAAACGUGAAACUUCAAUCAAUGUUGAAUCUCUCAACGAUAUCAAACCAUCAUUUCCUUCGACUUUAACGAUUAGCGACCUAAUCAAAAAAGUCAAUACAAAUAACAAGCCAAAAGUGUUUCCUAACGCUUUUAUCGCGUAUAGAAUGGCGUUAAUGAAAGAAUAUCGUAUUAAAAAUUGUAAAACACCUUCUGUGGGUAAAGUUUCCAAAAUCGCUAAAAAUCAUUGGAAUAUGGAACCCAAAUACGUAAAAGAGUUUUAUGAAUCACUAGUUAAUGAGGCGAAAUUAAUUUAUAAUAAAAAUAAUGUACAAAUCAUAUUGGAUAAACAUGUGAGCAAUGUGGUAAUUAAUCAAGAGAGAAAUGUAAAUUUUGACGUAGGAAGAGAAGAGGAAUAUGUUGAAGUUCAGCAUAUUGACACUAAUUUUAGUUUUCCUAACGCCAGCAGUAAUGACAUGUCCUCUGACAUCACCUUAGUUAAUUCUUCUCAAAAUUUUAGAACCUCGUAUAAUGCGAAUUCAAUACUUAGUGACCGAGAAUACAUUAGAUAUUUGGAACAAACAAUUGACCGUUUACUUGGAAAUUAAUUUACGCUGGCAAAUUUGAAAAC